AUGACAUCGCCUGGAGAUGUCACUCCGGUGAAACCCCCGCCGUCGUUUUCCCCCGGCGCAGGGCGCAACGCAUCGAAGCCCCGGUACCCUGGUGAACAAGAUUCCAAUGUGUCCAUAGAUGCCGAGCUAGCGGAGUCUCGCUCGGUCUCCUCGCCAUCGCCAUCAAUAGCCGCUACGACCGCAGAGUUGCCUAUACGCUCAGCAUCACCUCAAGCCCGGUCGGUCCGAUCUUCCACGCCACAAUUAGCGCGAUCAUCAUUUGGUUCGCCCUUUGACGGUCGAUUCGAUGGUUCGGAAGAUGUCAGAUCAUCGAUUAUCCGGGCCUUUUCACCAACCGUUGCCAUUUAUGCAUCCGAAGAUACAGACGAGCUCGUCAAGAAUAAGGGGUUUAAAGGAGGCUUCUGGGACCUGCUUCGACCCUUUGGGGAAACCGUGACGGGCAAGGUAAUCAUUCGGGACAGUGUCGGAGCGAGUCGUGGAUGGGAGGAUUUUGGGGUGCGAUUUGUCGAUCUCAAGGACCUGGGCCGAGCAUCUGCCAGUCAAGGCCCUGGAAGAGAUUCGCCGUUGGCCCAGAUCGAGGAGGUUUUGGAGAAACAACUCAGUGUCUCUGAUGGAUCGUCUGGAACGCAAGUGCCCGGCAAGGAGGUUCUGGGCUUUCCAGCAACCACACCCUUGUCCAAGCUUUUCCUGAGGCAGCUGCUUUCUUCAACAACUGCAUCCCCCCAUGAAACAUUUGGACACCCCGUUGCAAGCGUCAUUGCCAUCAGUUCUCGCAAUAAGGCUCCUUUGGAGACUCUUCGACGGCUUUAUGCUGAAACCAACACCGGUGAACAGCGCUUGCCAGACUGGGUGCAUCAAGAAUAUCUGCGGUACUACGUAUUAGUACACGACGAAGAACGCGACGACAUCACAGAAUCAACAAAGUUGUACGAUCAAAUGAAGCGUCAUUUUGGGCUGCAUUGCCAUCUCCUUCGACUACGAAGCAGUCAGUGCGUAGUGACCGAUGACGAUAGCAUGCAAGUGCCACCCUGCGAAUGGCUGUCUCCCCAGGAACACUUGUCGGGUGUUGGAGAAGCUGAGACGCUGGUUGACUUUGGGACCGAUGGAACUCGCUACAUCUUCGACUCUGAUGUGUCUGCGAUCAAAUCAUUCAUUCGAGAGCUCACAGUCCAAUCCGUGAUACCUUUCAUGGAGAAUCGGGUGACAGUUUGGAACGAUCAGGUCGCCUCUCGCAGGCGCGGAAUCAGUGGGCGUUUCAUGUCAAUCUCGAAAAGAUGGACCGGUUUCGGGUCCAGUUCACGAUCUGGAGUAGGUGGAUCGAGCGGUGGAAACAGCGGCAACUACGACACUGAACGCAACUUCUACCGUCAAGAAACACCGGAGGCAAUUCUUCGAAAAAUGGCCGACUUCGCAUUCAUGCUUCGUGACUGGAAGUUGGCCUCGUCCACGUAUGAAAUGAUACGCUCGGACUAUGGGAACGACAAAGCGUGGAAGUAUCACGCGGGCGCCCACGAAAUGUGUGCCGUCAGCACGCUUUUGAACCCGCUGGCCAUGUCCGCCAAAAUCAAGCUGGAGAGCAUCGAUCAAAUGUUCGAAACGGCGUGUUACUCUUAUCUCACACGCUGCUCCGAUGCAACGCAUGCGUUGCGGUGCUUAGCUUUGGCUGUGGAGCUGCUCAAGUCUCGGGGUGGGUCGGCGACUGAAAGUGCUGCCAGAUGGGCCAUGCGGGUCAUGGACUUUGGCUUGGUCGGCUCCGUUGGCCAAAUUCUCUUCAUGGAGCGAGUCGCCGCGUGCUAUGCUUCGAAGACACCAGUUGGCGGGGCGAAAUGGGGAGCACGUCGGAGGAAGGCCGGGAUGUGGAGUCUUCUGGCUGCUGAUCAGUGGCUGCAGGCUGGCCGGCCCACCCUCGCUUCCGCGUGUCUGGAAGAAGCCGAACGCCUGUAUGCUGAUGUGCUGGAGGUCGACGGUGUCUUUCCAAUGCCGGAAAUGCAAAGCUUCGUCGACAACUUGCGCCGCGCUGUCACUAGCGAGUACCUUCACACGCGAGGUUUUGCCAGCGAGGACGGACCAGCGACCGAGAGCGCAGUGAGCACUGAGGAAUUCAGCGAGAAGCUGGAUAAACGCAAGCACCGGCGUUCGCUCAUGGGCAUCCCCUCCCCCCUGGAUGCUGGGCACCUCACAGGUGGCGGUCCGAGAGAGCCAGAUGACCAACCUAAUGAUGACUUUGAACGAGCAUAA